GUUGGAUUUAGGAAGGAAGAGGGAGUUGCAGAUCCUUUGGAGCUAAGGACUGGAACUGACAUGCGAGACCUCUACCAACUGAGGGUUUCAUGAGCGUACUCCUUUGUCAAGAUCUUGGUGAAUAGUCUUUUGCUGUGCAAUCGUGUCUUAGAAACUGUUUUACUUAUUAUCAUGAUCGUGCUUGGCUGGAUGCUUUUUGUUGGAUUUGCAUGUUACAUGGGCACAUUUCCAGAGUUCGUGCCUCCAACUCUGAAGUGGAAAGAGAGGUAGGCUGUUCAGGAGAGCAAGACACACCUGAGGAGCCGGACUUUGGAUGAAGAUCUGCAGCUGAACAAUGUGGAAGGGAUACAGGUAUCCCCCAGGAGGGGUAAGUGUGCCUUCAAUUUUGUUCUCUCUUCCUACUUCGAAAUGUAUUCCCCGGGAUAAAUGAACUAAGCAUCAAAGUCCAACUUUAGAAACAAAUACUCUCUUCUUUAUUAAAAAAGUUAUUGUAGCGUACCUACUUCUAUUGUUAUUCACUAUCUACUUAGAGUUGAGAGAGUUCCCUCUUUCAGGUGAUCUUUUAUACAUCUUUUCCUAAGAGUCUUUACUUUUUUUAAGUUCUUCAGUGUCUUUCAAAAAAAACUGGAGGUAUAGAGAUAAAGAUAUUUCAGGCCCAGACUCAAAGCUGUCUGACAGUGCUGACCUAGUCUCAUGCUCAUUGGACACUUUAUAUGUUCAGCCUUCUAUACCACUUAGCCCACACCAGCAACCCACACUUAACUGUCCCUCAUCAGGUAAACACUGGUCUGUAAAACAGUUCUGGUGGCAGAUGUCUCUUUCCUCUCUCCUCCUGUUAGACCUUGGAUGUUCAUCUUUUCUUUGCCUCUUGUCAGCUCCCACACUGCUAAGCCCCUGUGGCAACUGGGAUGGGAGGCAUUAGGUGAGACAGAACUGGACACAGAUACCCCUGCCUGCCCUUGAGGGCGGCUAUCUCAGCCCCACACCCUAGCAAGCGCUAGGCAAGACCCACCUGA